AUGAUACGAACGCGUGAUCCGCGCAUCCGUCAGAGGAUUAAUCAAAUUUCCCACGAUAUCCAAGCAGCCAACCAAUCAACCCAAGAAGGUCUAUACACCUUCUCAACAAAUUACAUCUCCCCCUGUCUAGCUUCACUCAGCAGCUGCAUUAGCUCAUGUACCGCGCCAUGUCUCAGCCACGAUGGCCAGAUCCGACGCCAACGAGGCUACACAGAGGCAGAAGCAAACUUCGACUUCUACGAUGAUUGGCACACUGCCGAGGAAGAAGAUAGCUUAUUAGGAUGGAACGCGGGCGAAUUGGAUCGUCUGCUUGCGGGGAAUAGAACAAGUCGCACUGCGACGGAACAACCUCGGCGACCGCGGAGAAUGAGCUACGGGACUCGAAAUACAAAACAAAAUAUGCCUCGAUUAUAUAUUCCAGAUCAUACGAGCGAUCCGACUGUUAUCCCUAGUUCUUCGCGGAUUGGGUUUUUGGAGAGGUUUCCUUGGCGAUUUGGUGCGAAGGGUGUCAAAUACCAUCCGUCUGCCGCGGGAUUACAGGAGCAUCCGGGUAGUCAUCGUCUGGAUGUGAAUGAGGGUGAGGGCGAGAGUGAGAGUGAGCCCCUAAUGGGGGCCGUUGCGGAUGGGGGCCAAGUUUCUUUUCAUAAUAAUGGGAAAGAACCACAUCCGAAUGGAGGUGGAAGUGGGACGGCGUCAUUGGGUGGUGCGUCAAGCUUAUUGAGUCCUCGUGGCGAUCUAUUUCAAAGUGAUGAAGAAGAGGAAGAUGCUGUUCCUUUAGACGAUGAAUUCGCUUUUGCUUUUGCACGCCGGGAAUCGGGUUUGGGAUCGGAUGAUCAGGCUUCAAAGGCUGGAACUGUUAGAUCUGCCACUAGUACGUCGAGUUUGGGAGAUGCAUCAACUCGGAAAACUGAGCCAUUUCCUCCUUUCCCGUUACCGGAAUCCCAUGAUACAUCUUCCAGUCCGGCUGUCUGA